CCUGCCUUAGAACUGCGGAAACACUGGGAAAUAAGUGAAAAUCACUUUAAAUGCCACUGUUUAAUUAAGAAACUGUAUCUACGUGGAUACAUAUAUAUAUAUGUAUAUAUUAAAAAGCUGUUGGUAAGGUGAGAUGCUGGUCAGUUAAAGAGUAAACAGCGUUUCAAGUUGCUAGAGGUACGAGGAAACUCAAUCAUCUUUUAUUUAUGUUGCAUAAACAGAAUAAGUGUACCUGUUCAGAGGCGGGUGUGAGAGGCUGUGCUGUGCCUCAUCGCCGUCCGGUGCGUGCGGACUCGCGGCUGUCACCGGGAUCCCCACGGCUGUGUGUGUGUGCCAGAGGCUCCCAGAAGAGCUCCAAAAACCCAGGCUCAGACUGCUCAGUGACAGGCUAGAGAGCUGGCCUGUGGCCUUCCCCAGAAAUAAGUCAGCUGCGGAAGUAGGUAAUCACAGUGAUCCUUAUCCUGAAUGGCCUUGAUAUUUCUUCUGGGAUAUUAAUAUAGUUCAUUUCCAGGAGAAUUCUUAGUCCCUUGUAGGACUUAGCCAGGUGUGCAGUAAUUGGCUCAGGCUAAAUGGUAUUGUUGGCAUGCCUUGCAGGAAAUUUUGUGUUCACAGGCUAAGUUCAGAGAAACUAUCCAAUGAAAAAAAAAAAGCCCAGAAAUAUGAGUAUUAUCCUUAUUUAGAAUUUUCUGAUAAUUUGCCAUUCAUUUAUUGACUUGUUCUGUUUAAUAUCUCUGGGAGUAAGUAAGUAAUUAGGUAUUUGGGAUGAGUUUGGGUUUGUGUGAUUUCUGACUGAAAUGAUUUCAUUAAGUUAACAAGCUGGUUGGGGCAGUGAGUGUGUUUGUUGUUGUUAGUCUGCUCCUGCAGUGGCAAUGAGGAAACAUUUCCGUUAGUGCUGGGAAAUUGGAGGAUAACUUGGAACUUAAUGAAGUGAAACAGGAUUGCAUUUUGCUCAGUGAUCCUAUUACGCCUGAGUUAGGGCCAUGUUAUUGCUCACCUCAAAUCAUUAACUAUUAUUGCCUUUUCACAUCUGUUUUUUUAGCUAUAUAUAGGUCAUUAUGUGGUUUUGGUUUAUAUUUUUUCAGAUGUAUUAUUUUUGGUUUUUACUUUUCCAUCUUUUGCAGCAGUGUAACAGAAGCUCUGUUUUAAUGGAAAGUUUCUCUGGGCUUAGGGUUUUCCAUGUUAAUCCCUUUAAAAUUCAAUCGUUAACUUCUGCCUUAACCUCAAGCUGGAAAGUGACAAUGAAAGAUAACAUAGCACAGUGUGUAAUUUCAUUUUACAAAGUUUUAUCAGAAUUGAUUCAACUGAUGUGUAAACAGGAGAAACCUCAGGAACUUUCUUUUUUCCUCAGCAUGCACAUGCACUUCAGCUUCAGGCUGUACACUAUUUACCUGACAAGUGUUUUGCUACAGGAUGUCUCCUGACUGAUUGGAUUUGCUGAGUUGGUUCUUGUCUGCAACUGUGAGGAAGGGGACUAGGACACCCCCAGGGAUCCCGUCCACAUCUGUAUUCUCAGGCCAAGGUCCUACAGACAGGGCACAGAGGGGGAAGAUUUUUCAGAUGUUUUGGUGCAAACACAAUUUCUUCCCGAGGGAUAAAUUUGGCAUGUGUUUCCUGAGAGAACCGUGCUUGCGUAAGCAGCCCCCUACCACCCUCUGAGCUGUGCUAGUACAACCAUUUGUGGGGAUGGUGGUGAGUUGCACUGGAGGAACUGCAGUGGAUUCAAAAGCACCUUUUCUUCCUUUUUAUCAAUUACUUUUAACUCUGAAUUGUCUGACCGUGUGGCUGCUGUGUCAGGGCUGAGAAGGUGGCCAGGAAGGAGGGAACGUGUGGCAGGGAGCAGGAGAUGGCCAGUGACCCAUGUGCCGAGCAGCCCCAGCCCACGCCUGGCAUGCUGACUGGAGUCAGCCCUUGCCACUGAGGCCAGGAGGAGGGAGGAAUCACCAUGGCCUCAUCCCAGCGGGCCCGGCACAUUGGCCCUCCUGAUGGAGGCUGGGGAUGGAUGAUCGUUGCUGGCUGCUUCCUUGUCACUAUCUGUACCAGGGCCGUGACAAGGUGCAUCUCCAUAUUUUUUGUGGAGUUCCAGGCAUACUUUGGGCAGGAUUAUGCCAGAACUGCUUGGAUCCACUCCAUUGUCGACUGUGCUACAAUGCUUUGUGCCCCACUUGGGAGUUUAAUCAGUAAUCAUGUCUCCUGCCAAGUUGGUAUCAUGCUAGGAGGGCUGCUUGCAUCUUCUGGACUAAUUCUGAGUUCAUUCGCCACCAGUCUGGAACAUCUCUACUUAUCAUUAGGAGUCCUUACAGGACUUGGGUUUGCACUUUGUUAUUCUCCAGCCAUUGCGAUGGUGGGCAAAUACUUCAACAAAAGAAAAGCACUGGCGUAUGGAAUAGCCAUGUCAGGAAGUGGAAUUGGUACCUUCAUCCUGGCCCCUGUAGUCCAGCUCUUAAUUGAGCAGUUUUCCUGGCGAGGAGCUUUACUCAUCCUGGGAGGUUUUGUUUUAAACCUCUGUGUCUGUGGUGCCUUGAUGCGGCCCAUUUCUCUUAAGGAGGACCGUAAAACUGUUCCUGAGUUUCUUGAACAGGAUCACGUCUCUGAAACAGAGAAACAAGACUUAAAGCAAAUGUCCGUCUGUUCACCUUUAAUCAAAGUGUGGUCUCGUGAAUGUUUAUGCUACUGUUCAUGGAAGGAAUAUGACUUUUUACUGAUGCCAGGCUUCAUGGUGCUGGCAGUGUCAGUUUUAUUUAUGGCAUAUGGCUGUAGCCCCCUUUUUGUCUACCUAGUGCCUUAUGCUUUGAGUGUUGGAGUGAGUCAUCACCAGGCUGCCUUCCUCAUGUCCAUACUUGGUGUCAUAGACAUCAUUGGUAAUAUCACCUUUGGAUGGCUAACAGACAGAAGGUGUCUGAAGAAGCAUCGGUACUUUUGCUACCUCUUUGCUGUGGGAAUGGAUGGCCUUUGUUGCCUUUUCCUGCCAGUCCUCCAAAACUUCCCCUUGCUUGUGCCUUUCUCAUUUACCUUUGGCUACUUUGAUGGAGCCUAUGUAACACUGAUCCCUGUCAUGACAGCAGAUGUAGUGGGAACUUCCUCGUUAUCAUCAGCACUGGGCGUUGUGUAUUUCCUGCAUGCCAUACCAUAUCUAGUGAGCCCACCUGUGGCAGGUUGGCUGGUAGACACAACUGGCAGCUAUACUGCAUCAUUCCUCCUGUGUGGAUUUUCUAUGAUAUUUAGUUCAACACUAUUGUGCUUUGCAAGACUGGCAAAGAAAAUCAAAAGAACGUGUUUGCGGUCACUCACUAGUGAUACAGGCAUGAAACAGCACAUGUGGACAAAUGGAGCAAUAGCUUAUUCUGUCACAGCAGAAUUAGACCAAAAGGAUGUUGAAUUUUUGGCUGUGGACACAAACAGAUGCAGCAACAGGUGACAAGUGCCAUCAAGAUUCAGUACGACACAGCCAAGACUGAGACAGAGGUGGCUCCGUAGUGUUAACGCUGCUUAGGAUACUACUCCUGUGAAACAAGGCAUCUUUCAAUUAGAUUUUUCUGUCAUGCUUUAGUUGACUAAAAUCUGCAU